UGGCUGGCUGCGGCUGUCACUCCGGGUCGUUUCCCUGAGGUCGGUCCUCUGCCGGGGGCGGGAGGAAGAGGGGCAGGACUGGGGCCUGACGAGCCGUCGCUGCCGCCGCCGUCUUCGCGGCUGCUAUGACCUGCGGGCGAGGCGCCCUCCGCAGCUCUGCGCAGCGCUAGUCGCGGCCGUGCGCCAGCCGUAGCCGUCUGGGUCCCCAGCGCAGCCGCUCCCGCGGCUCCCUCGGCUCUUCCAGCGCCGCCUGCAAGGCGAGGCGGAGGCAGGAUGAAGAUGACGGUGGAUUUCGAGGAGUGUCUGAAGGACUCGCCCCGCUUCAGGGCUGCUUUGGAAGAAGUAGAAGGAGAUGUGGCAGAAUUGGAACUGAAACUUGAUAAGCUUGUGAAGCUAUGUAUUGCAAUGAUUGAUACUGGAAAAGCCUUUUGUGUUGCAAAUAAACAGUUCAUGAAUGGGAUUCGAGACCUGGCACAGUAUUCUAGCAAUGAUGCUGUAGUUGAGACAAGUUUGACCAAAUUUUCUGACAGUCUUCAAGAAAUGAUAAAUUUUCACACAAUCCUAUUUGACCAAACUCAGAGAUCGAUUAAGGCACAGCUUCAGAACUUUGUCAAAGAAGAUCUUAGAAAAUUCAAAGAUGCCAAGAAGCAGUUUGAAAAAGUCAGUGAAGAAAAAGAAAACGCAUUAGUAAAAAAUGCUCAAGUACAAAGAAACAAACAGCAUGAAGUUGAAGAAGCCACAAACAUUCUGACAGCAACAAGAAAAUGUUUUCGACACAUAGCCCUAGAUUACGUACUUCAGAUUAAUGUCCUUCAAUCAAAACGGAGAUCAGAAAUCCUGAAAUCAAUGUUAUCCUUUAUGUAUGCCCAUUUGGCCUUCUUUCAUCAAGGAUAUGAUCUAUUUAGUGAACUUGGGCCCUACAUGAAGGAUCUUGGUGCACAGUUGGAUCGACUGGUUGUAGAUGCAGCAAAGGAGAAAAGAGAAAUGGAGCAAAAACAUUCCACCAUUCAACAAAAGGAUUUCUCCAGUGAUGAUUCUAAGCUAGAAUAUAAUGUAGAUGCUGCAAAUGGCAUUGUUAUGGAAGGUUAUCUGUUCAAACGAGCCAGCAAUGCCUUCAAAACUUGGAACAGGAAAAAGCCCGAUCAUAUCAGACGCUGGUUUUCAAUACAGAAUAAUCAGUUGGUUUACCAGAAAAAGUUUAAGGAUAAUCCCACUGUGGUGGUGGAAGAUCUAAGGCUCUGCACAGUGAAACAUUGUGAGGACAUAGAACGACGAUUCUGCUUUGAGGUGGUCUCUCCAACAAAAAGUUGUAUGCUUCAGGCAGAUUCUGAAAAGCUGCGCCAGGCAUGGAUUAAGGCUGUUCAGACCAGUAUUGCUACUGCUUAUAGAGAGAAGGGUGAUGAAUCGGAGAAGCUGGAUAAGAAAUCAUCUCCAUCCACAGGAAGCCUGGAUUCUGGAAAUGAGUCAAAAGAUAAAUUAUUGAAAGGAGAAAGUGCAUUGCAGCGAGUCCAGUGUAUUCCUGGCAAUGCCAGCUGUUGUGACUGUGGUCUGGCAGACCCACGGUGGGCCAGCAUCAACCUGGGCAUCACCCUGUGUAUCGAGUGUUCUGGGAUUCACCGGAGUCUUGGAGUUCAUUUUUCAAAAGUACGAUCUUUAACUUUAGACACCUGGGAGCCUGAACUUUUAAAGCUUAUGUGUGAGUUGGGGAAUGAUGUUAUGAAUAGAGUUUAUGAAGCUGAUGUGGAAAAAAUGGGAAUAAAGAAACCGCAACCAGGACAAAGACAGGAGAAAGAGGCGUAUAUCAGAGCAAAAUAUGUGGAGAGAAAAUUUGUGGAUAAAUAUUCUAUAUCAUCAUCACCUCCUGAGCAGGAAAAAAAGAUUGCCUCCAAAAGUUGUGAAGAAAAGAGGCUGAGCAUUUCUAAACUUGGGCCAAGUGAACAAGUUAGAGCAUCUCCCCAAAGUUCAGUCAAAAGUAAUGACAGUGGAAUCCAGCAGAGCUCUGAUGAUGGAAGAGAAUCUUUACCUUCCACAGUGUCAGCCAAUAGUUUAUAUGAGCCGGAGGCAGAAAGGCAGGAUUCUUCUGUGUUUCUCGACUCUAAACAUCUUAAUCCAGGACUCCAGCUUUAUAGGGCUUCGUAUGAAAAAAAUCUUCCUAAAAUGGCUGAAGCUUUGGCUCGUGGCGCAGAUGUGAACUGGGCUAAUUCUGAGGAAAACAAAGCAACACCACUUAUUCAGGCUGUAUUAGGGGGCUCUUUGGUGACAUGCGAAUUUCUCCUUCAGAAUGGUGCGAAUGUGAACCAGAGAGAUGUGCAAGGGCGGGGACCACUGCACCAUGCCACUGUCUUAGGGCACACGGGGCAGGUAUGUUUAUUCCUAAAACGAGGUGCCAAUCAACAUGCCACUGAUGAAGAAGGGAAGGACCCUUUGAGUAUAGCUGUGGAAGCAGCCAAUGCUGAUAUAGUGACCUUGUUACGUUUAGCAAGAAUGAAUGAAGAGAUGCGGGAAUCAGAAGGACUUUAUGGACAGCCAGGUGAUGAAACUUACCAGGAUAUUUUUCGUGAUUUCUCCCAAAUGGCAUCCAAUAAUCCAGAGAAACUAAAUCGUUUCCAGCAAGAUUCACAGAAAUUUUGAAUUUUUUUAAGGGGAAAAUAGUAAAUCUGGUGACUCCCUAAUGUAUACAUCUGAAAACUCACAGAUUUUUACUUCUUUAAUUCUACUUACUUACUUUUAGUAGCUAUUGAGUUGUUUGGGAAAAAGGUACCCGUUCACUGAUAUUUUUACAAAUCAAAACAUAGAUCUCUAGUAGUUGGGAGAGGAACCUACUUUAAGACUUUUUUUAUUAAAAUUUUUUUUAAAAGCCUGUUUAAAGGGCUAUUUUUUGUAGGUUAAAAUUUAAAUCUAGACUUAGGCCAUCUCUAGGUUACAAGAUGCUAAGAGUUUAGACAAAAUAAUCUUUUUUUCCCAGUGGGUGGUAGCAUUGAUUUUUUUCUUCUGUGCACCGUGCCCAGGAUCGUUCAGUCAAGCAUAUCGGCAUCAAGUGGGAGCCUGAUGUCCUGCCUGACUUGAGAAUAUGUUUUUGCUUUAGCUUCCCUGAUGUUGGUGAUUCAGAAAUAGUUUUUUUCUGUUUGUUUGUUUCUUGGUAGCCUAGCUGUCAUAUACACAAUAUGUAAUUUAAUUAUUAGAACUAGAGCAUAUAUGCCCCCCAUUUGCUCAUAAAUGCAGUUAUAUUCCUCAGUUAU